CUCAGCGCGGCGUGUGCGAGCUCCACAUUGAUUUACGUGUCGGUGGCGCGUCUGCUCCGCUCGGCGGCUCCUGCAGCAAAAGGCGCUUCGCCGCCCCGCCCCGUCCCCGGGACCGGCGUGCUGCUUUUGCGAGUCCCCAAAGCAAAAGAGAGAUUGGAAGACGCGGGUGGCUUUUAAAAAGAUAUAUCUGAUUUUUCUUGUUUAAGUAACUUCUGUCCCCCGCAGGACAGGAUGCAAAGAUCACUUUCUCCUGCGCGAAGUUAAACUUGGAGGCGCUUUUUUAUUUUAAACGCAGGCGGUGCGAUAAUGUAAUUUGAUGCCCGAGAGAAAACCCCGCAGAAAAGAAGCGAUUUGCCUCGUGCCUCUCCCCUGCCCCGCACCGUCUCGCUAUGGAGUAUAAAGGGGUACCGCAGCUGUGGGUUUGGGCGUCCCUCGUCGGCAACCUCCUCUCUAAGGUGUCCAGCACAUCUCCCGAAUGCUCCAUCAUGCUGGCCAUUGAAUACGAACGGGAGAAAUGCCUGGAGCACAUCGACUUUGAUAACCAAACUUUAGGCUGCAGGAGCAUGUGGGAUAACCUUACUUGCUGGCCUGCGGCGAGUUUGGGUGAAAUCAAAGUGUUGCCCUGUCCGAUCUAUUUCACCUUCUUUUCGGAGGCUUCAGGUAACGUGAGCAGGAACUGUACCAGCGAAGGUUGGUCUGAUAUGUACCCUCCAUAUAUAGCGGCUUGUGGGUAUGAUCCCAACAGCACAAACGCAGUGGAGCAGAGCGCGUUUUAUGGCACUGUGAAGACUGGCUACACCAUCGGACACAGUUUGUCUCUUGUUGCGCUCACGGCGGCCAUGGUUGUUCUGUGUUUUUUCAGGAAACUGCACUGCACCAGGAAUUAUAUCCACAUGCAUCUCUUCAUGUCCUUCAUCAUGAGAGCAAUUGCCGUCUUCGUCAAGGACGUCAUCCUCUUUGAGAAGGGAGAGUCGGACCACUGCUUCGUAAGCUCGGUUGGCUGCAAAGCGGCGAUGGUCUUCUUUCAGUACUGCAUCAUGGCCAACUUCUUUUGGCUCCUAGUCGAAGGCUUGUACCUUCACACACUUCUAGUCAUCUCCUUCUUUUCAGAGAAAAAAUACUUCUGGUGGUACAUCCUGAUUGGCUGGGGUGCACCAACCCUGUUUAUCUCUGCUUGGACCAUCACUAGGAUCCACUUUGAUGAUGUUGGUUGUUGGGACUUAAUCGAAUCUCCCUUUUGGUGGAUCAUCAGGGCUCCCAUUUUGGUUUCUAUAUUGAUAAAUUUUGUUCUCUUCAUUUGCAUUAUCCGGAUCCUGGUUCAGAAACUUCACUCUCCAGAUGUCGGACGAAAUGAUACGAGCCAGUAUUCGAGACUUGCAAAAUCCACCUUGCUGCUGAUCCCGCUCUUUGGGAUCCACUACACCGUGUUUGCCCUCUUCCCCGAUGCAGCAAAGAAGGAGCUGGUGGAAGUGAAGCUCGUCUUUGAACUGGUGCUGGGAUCUUUCCAGGGCUUUGUGGUGGCUGUCUUGUAUUGCUUCCUGAAUGGAGAGGUUCAAGCUGAGCUGAAGCGCAAGUGGCGCAGGUGGCACAUGGAGAGGUUCCUGGGCUCUGACAUGAAGUACCACCAUCCAUCCUUGGGCAGCAACGGAACCAACUUCAGCACCCAGAUCUCCAUGCUGACCAAGUGCAGCCCCAAGACCCGCCGAUGCUCCAGCUUCCAGGCUGACCUGUCUCUGGUCUGAGACCCAGGGGUGAAUGACCAAGGGACAAAUGGGUAGGAUGGAAGGCAAGAGAGAAAAGAUGGGGCCAGCCAGGACUUUGCACUAAGAAUGACAAGUGUGAGGUUGUCUGCUUUUUCAAAGACAAAACGUUCUUGUGUCAGCCAAACCUGGACAAAAUACUGGAAGCCAGAUGUUCUGAAUGAGAAGAGGCACAUCUGGGUGGAUUCUCUAUUUUGCUCUUCCCAGGUCUCCAACUGUGGUUGGAGCACUUGUGGAUGGAAGAGAAUUUCUUGUGCAUGAUGAAUGAGAGAGGCCUUGCUUGGCGAGGUCCAUCAGUAGGCUUCACCAACAGAUACAAAAUGAGCCAGUGAAAAAGGAGGAGGUCUUGUGACCUCAUCAGCCAAGAACCUUCAUGGGAAAGGGCUCAGAAGAGAUCAUUUGAGGGAAGAAGCAUUCCCUAGGCCUGACCCACCCUAAUAAGCUAUUUUUUCUCUCCAGAUAAACUUCAGAACUCAGAAAGUCAUCUCAACUCCAGAGCCAGCGUGGAAUCUUCCUGCAUGCUCUGUUGAUUAUAUCUGAAGCUUAACUUGGUCCCAAAAGGCACAGCCAAAAUACUGUCUUCUAGAUGGUAGAAAAAAGAAAUCAUUGGUCCAGGUAGCCCAGUAUGCUUACUCUGACCAACAGAAACUCUCAGCGAGAGACCUUUAAUAGGAGAUGCCAGGGCUGAUUUUCUGCAUGCAGAGCAUGUGAAGUGCAGUUCCAGCCCUUCCCCAAGUGAAAAGCAGUGCUUUGCAUACUGUUUCUGAACCAGCUACAUUGCACUCUGCCUCCCCAUCUUCAGCCGACAAGCAUCCCUCCCAUGAGAGGUCUUCCAUUUCCUGGUGUGGAGAGCAUCUGCUAGAUGGAGAAGAAGAGAUUCAGCAGGUUGUUCAACCUCGGCAGGGGGUUCGCGGGUGGGUUGGAUGUCCCCAACAAGGCUUGAACUUUCCUUCUCUGGAGGUUGGGGCUGGGUGAUGACAUCCUCAGGAGGUCUUUGAGCAGCUUGGAUGGGGAGACUCCACUCCCACUCCCAGGCUGAAGAAGUUGGCCACCCUUGUUUUAGAUGUAUUAUUGGGGAAUCAAGGGUCCAUUGACGCACACCCAGAUGUUACUAACUGAGUCUGGUGGAAGGAUCACUGUUUUCAUGUAUCUCAAUUGUUGAUAUUGCAAACCCUUUAAGUAUGAAGAUUCUGAAGAGGACAGAAAGUGGGGAGAGGGGGAGGUGAGACUUGUACGCCCUUGAUCACACGUGGACUUUCAUUUCAUGACCCUGUUUUGCACAUGAUUCAAAUGGAAAGAGGAGGAAGCUGGCUUGGUUGCCUUCACUUGCCUUGCCAGCAUCCUUCACACUGCCCUGUUGUAAAUGUUCUGGAACCUUCUGGGCUGCUCUUUGGAAAAGAGCACCUAGUGCAUAUUGACUAACGCCCGCCCCUUUCCACCGACAACCGUUUCUCAAUGUGAAGCUUCUUGCAGUCACCUCGCAACCACAGCAGACAGGGAGCCCAUCUUGUUUCUCAUGGACUUUGAUCUUGUGUCAUUUAUUUACCCAGACUUGGAACUGUAAAUAUUUUUGCUUCCUUACCCUAUUACUGGCUCAUCUCAGAAUGUGUUUCCACCCGCCGCCCCAUCUCAAAAUGGAGGACUAGGAUGGGAGGGAAGGAGGAUUACUUUUGUGGCUACCAUUGCUGAAAGCAAACAAUAAAGUGGUAAGGAAAGGUGCUGUGCUUAAACUCUGCUUUUAGGAAAGUGGUUACCAGACUUUUCUUGGCACUGGACUACUAUGAUUGCAAAGCACGUUUAUAAUACCAGCAGCCUCAUACUCAGAAAAAGAAAUCAAAAGAUUGGUGCUCUUUUUAAACCAGUGAUUAAAAUCAGUGCAGUUUGGAACGUUUCAGUCCACCAUCUUGAUUCAAAAUGGCAUCCAAUUGUAUUUGAACAUAGAUGAAAACCUGCUCCUUGAUCUCAGGGACCAUCACGCAAAAUUUGGUUACAGUUUCUUAAGAGGUGUCCAAAAGCAUAGAAAACAGACCACUGUCCAAAAUACA